CUUCGUUGGUUGGUUGAAGAAACAGAGAACGUUUCUGCAGCUACACUACAUAAGGUUAGAACCCUUCUACUGUGUUUGUGUUUGGAUACAAUUUAGUAUAUAUAUAACACACGCUAAUUAUUUAUUUCUUCUUACUCAAUCAAUGUCACACCCAAACCCUAAUUUCUCUCUCUGUCACCGCUCCAUUUGACUUCACCCACCGAACAACCCACUUUUCCACCCCUUCAUCACUAAUCCCUAUCAGCUUUUCAAUUGUGGUAGUAUCUUUUGAAGAAAUUGCUUGAACGCUAGCUUGGAAUUGGUAAGCUACUCAAACUUUAUUUCUUUAUAUUUUAUAAAUCCUAGAAGAGUUUGAAUAUCCUAGAUAUUCAUCCAUAGUGAAGUAAGUUCUGGAAUUGCAUGACUGCGGUCGGAUGGGUGGUAAUAUUUGUACUGUUAAUUAUAGUUUUGUUUGUUUGUAUUAUUGUGGAUGUUUUAAUAGAUUAGUUGCAUGUUUAAAAUUUUCGGGAACGUCCGAAUUAUAGAUGUUAUGCUGUCGAAAUUUCGGUAGAAAUUUCAGUAGGAUUAGUAUUUUAUUAAAUUAAUUAGGUUAAGUUGAUAUAGAAUUAUUUUAUUGUAUUAAUUAGGUUAAUUAAAUUGUUGUUUUGUUGUUUUGUUAGAAGUUUCGAAAUGGAUAGAGAUUGGAUGAGUGCGAAUAGGUUAACGGUAAAAUAUAGGGAAGGUGUUGACUUCUUUUUGGAGUUUUCUGCAAAGAAUGCGGAUAAUCCUGAUUUGGUUCAUUGCCCAUGUCUCAAAUGUGGUAACAUGGAGCGUAUGAAAAUUGCCCAAAUAAGAGAACAUUUGUUUAAGAACGGUAUAGACAGGAGUUAUAAGGUUUGGUAUCACCACGGAGAAAAAAUUAGAAGAUCGGGCGAGGGACCCUCUAGAAAGGAUAAGAUUGUUAAUAAUGUGGAGUAUGAAGAUGAUCACAUCGCAGAGAUGAUUAACGAAGCAGAGUUUGAAUCUCAAGUUCGUCCUGAAACAUUUCAAACUAUGUUAGAAGAUGCUGAAAAGCCGAUUUACCCUAAUUGUACUAGGUUUACUAAAUUAUCGACGCUUAUUAGGCUAUACAAUUUGAAAGCAAAACACGGGUGGAGUGAUAAGAGUUUGACAGAGUUACUAGCUUUCUUAGGAGAAUUAUUACCCGAAGGUAAUGAGGUGCCUUUGUCUUUCUAUGAGGCAAAAAAGACAUUGUGUUCGUUAGGCUUGCAAUAUGAAAAGAUACAUGCAUGUCCUAACGAUUGCAUCCUAUAUCGAAAGAGAUUUGUGGAUGAGGUAUCAUGUCCAACGUGCGGUGAGUCCAGGUGGCAAAAGAAAAAGAAUUCUAAUGAGGUAAAGAAGUGUGUUCCUGCAAAAGUAUUGUGGUACUUACCACCCAUACCUCGUUUGGUUCGGUUUUUUCGAAAUGCCGACCAUGCUAAAAAUUUGACUUGGCAUGCCAGUGAUAGAGUGAAAGAUGGUAUGAUGAGACAUCCAAACUCGACUCUCCCGCUUGGAAAACAAUUGAUGCUAGAUGGCCUGAUUUUGCCAAUGAGCCUAGGAAUAUCCGUCUUGGUCUCUCUGCAGACGGUAUCAAUCCACAUACUUCCCUUAGCAGUAAGUAUAGUUGUUGGCCAAUCUUGCUUGUGA